AGCAAGCUUCAUAACACUAGGAUGGUGAGCGAGACAGCACCUUGGACUACGACCACUUCCUCCAGCACUCCCCCCUUUCCUACACUUGACCUUCACACCAAUACCAAAUGGGCCUUAGUGGGAUUCCUGGUGUUUUCUCCCAUAUCAUCAGCCAUAUUCCUGACUAUCUAUAUCCGGAUGGAUCGUAAGAAAACGAACAUACUCAACAUACAACUGGCAGUGAUCAAUCUGCUCAGCUCUGUUGUCCUUCUCCCGAUGUUCUUUACAUUUUAUCAGCUAUUCAGCAUGACAGGGGACAGCUUUGCAGAAUCGUGGAAGGAAGAAUUUGUAAACAAAACCUUUUGUGGUAGCUUAGCAAUGACUUUCUACGUUCUUACCAGUUUGCACUACACCACUCUGUUUGCUUUGAGUCUGGAUAGAAUGGUAGCGGUUUACUUUCCUUUCACUUAUAGAAGACUAGCUAAUGUCCACUAUAUCUGCGGACAGGCGAUCCUUUGGGUAUUAACUCUCACACUCCCUCUUCUUGGGUUUUUUGAUACAGGAAGCACUAUGCCUGUAGGAAAAUCAUUCAAGGAUUCUAAAAACAACCAAACUGUGCCUAGAAGGUUAUUUCAGUAUCUCCCUAACAGUAUUAUGGACCAUCAGAAUGUGUUUUGUGAGAUCACCUUCCAAAGGAUGACCGUAGAUGAUAAAGGUGUACCACUGCACUAUGAGCCAGACGGGAAAAUGAAGGUAUACUGUUUUUUCAUGAUGGUGGUACCUUUUGUGGUGGUCCCCCUGAUGACAGUGAUUGUGGGAGUCUUUACCAUGAGUAAGAUAGGAACGCUAGAUUUCAAGCGGAAGAGUCUUAAAUAUGGAAAUAAUAAAGGAAGCUUUAGUGGACGCUUAGGCUUUAUUUUCAGAAAUCAGAAAAAUAUAACUGAAAUAGACGUGAGAUCGUAUCGUUUUAUCAACAGCACCCAUGAAAUAUCCCAGAUGGAAAUGGUAUACGAAAACAAGAACCACCAAAAUACAGGAUCAGAACGAGCGAACGAUUCGUUGACGACAGAUCUUAAUAAACUGCCGAGUAAACGGCGUAUUAAUAGCCACAUCCAGGCUCUGACUACGGUGGUCAUGCUAAUGGUUCUCUUCUGCCUUUGUGAUUCUUUGUGGUGGAUUAUCAACGUCUUCUACGCCUUGAAGUACAUAUUCAACAAAAGUAUUUUAAAUAUCUCCGGCAUGUUCGCCAGUUCGGAGCAACAAGUGAUAUUUCCCAUCGUGGCCAGAUUCGGCAUUUUUGUCUACGGAACUCUGGUACCUUUUCUCAUGAUCUGGCGGCAGAAACCUCUCCGGGAUGAGUUUAUGUCGAUGUUCCGGAAUGCAAAAAGCCGGAAGUCCAGCAUGGUCGACUGGUCUAAACAGUUUGUUACAUAUCCCGAAUCAGCGUGCGCUUCUAGCCGGGACGAUGUAAGGUGAUAUAAACACUAACCAGGUAUAGAACAUGUUGUGUUACCAAGUUACCACCUAGUUACAACCUAGUUACAUGUUGUAGACCGUCAUUAGAGAGUAAGGUUUGAAAGAAUUUAGCAUAUUAAAGUUUUGGGGAUCAUGCAGAAAUUGAAUGAGCUCAUUAAAAAUGUGUUAUUUUAACCAAGAACACGUACUGAAGCAGCUUCAUGUCAAAAACGUUCCUAUUAAUUAUCAUAGGGCAAUUCUUAUAUAAUUAUACGUAGGGAGUACUACACACGUAAGAUAUAAUACUAUAAUACAUUGGCUUCUGAGUACUGAGCGCGAUAAUUCCCGACAGCUUGCUGGAGGGAACACGCAGGCACGAAAUAGCCAAGGUAUUAUAAGAUAUAAUUAUUAAUUUUAAGAUGUAAGCCAAUAUAUUAUGAUUAUAAAAUAUGUUUAUUAUAUAUGGCCAAUUAUACUUAUAUGAUAGUUAAUGGUAAUAUGCAAUUUUACUGUACUAAAACUAUAAUUACUAAGACUAUGAAUCGCCAAGUAAAGGAAACUUUAAAUUUACUCUCAGCAAUGCAGAGUUGUAACCUUAAUUAUUUUGAUGAUGAAUUUGUUCUAACUUGAACUUAUGUGAAAAUUGCGAAUAUUGAAUUUUUACCUUGUUAAUGAUGUGACACGACAAAUGCUCCGCGUGAUUGAUAUUGAUAACUUAAUUUUGCAUUUUUAAGAAAUGUACAGUUUUUAAGAGAUUCCGUCUGAAAUUCUUGUAUUUGAUUUCAGUUUCACUAUGAACCAGAAUCAGAGUUCCAAAGGUCGGUCUGUGAGAUCACUACCAGCACAGUCAGCUUCAACUUCACGACCCUGGU